AUGUCUGAAGAAGAAUUAGUAAAUAGGUUCAUUGAUAACAUUUCAAAUGAGCUUCACUAUAAAAACCAAGAAGAAGUAGUCCAAAAUGUGUAUCAGUUGAUUGAUUUAACAUGUAAUAAAUAGUUUACAAUUGUAGAGAUCCUGUUGGAAAAAAUAAGAAUACUAAACAUUGAAAAACAUGAUCAUUAAUAAGAAUUGGAGGCUUAGAAUGAUACUUUAAGAGCAGAAAUAGCUUUCAACCUCUAACAGUAAAUGUAAAUGCAACGUAUUUAAGAUGAGUUAUUGUAAAAAUAGGAUACCUUAUAUGAGAAACUACUAAUCCUAGAAGAAGAAUUGAAAUAGUAAUAAAUUCUUAAUGCUAUUUAUAAAAACCAAUUAGAAUCGAAGUAAAAUAAUGGGGAAAAUCAAAAUGUAGAGCAGUUUGUCUUCGAACUUAAGGAAUUGUAGAUUGAAAAUGAGUAUUAAAAGUAACAAAUCUAAUCUCUGAAAUCAAUAAUUUCUGAAAAUAAGUAGGAUUAUUAAUCGUAAUUGAUGUCAAAUUCAUCCCUUAUUUAGCAUUAAGAAGCCAUUAUAAAAAAUAUGAAGGACGAAUUAAGUACUUAAAGAUAGCAAAUUAGAUAGUUAAAAUCAGAAAAUAAAUAAAUUAAUGAUCAAAUAUAUGAGAAAUAACAAUCAGCAUUAAAGGAGAUAACUAAUUCACCAUUUCUUCAGAAUGCACACUCAAUUAAUACCAAGUAGAAGACCAUUGUGAAUGAACAGAAGGAUUCUAAGAAAAAUUAGUUCUCAUCUUAAAAAAGAUAUUUGUAGGCUGAUGAUUUAUAUGAUGUGAAUUAAUUUACACUUCUAGAAUGUGAGUUGCAAGAUACCAACUAUAAUACAAGUCUAAAUACAUGUUGUAGAAAUAGCUAUAAUUUUAAGAAAGUAUAAAUAAAUGAAUAGCCUACUCCAGUAUAAAGAAACAUCUAUAAAGACUUUUUUAAUUUAACAUCUUAAUGUGUUAAAUUGAAUUUGAAUGAAGAAAAAAUACUAGAUUCAAGAGUUUCCCAUUUGUUUGAUGAAUAUGUUGAUUAAAAGAUACCAUACCAUUAAUGGUACAAUGAAAUAAAGAAAUACUUAUUGACUUUAAUAUGA